AUGCGAAUGGUCUCGUUCAUUCGUGUCGUUGAUGAGAAUGCCUGGACUUCAGUUGAGGAGGGAUGGACUACCCCGUGUGAUGAGGAGGGAAAGACAAAGCACAGAAGCAAAUGGUCCUCAACUGAUUUGGCGGCAUCUAAUGCUAAUCAAAAGGCUCUGAACUCCAUUCAGAAUGCGGUUACAAUGGAGGUGUUUGUUGUUAUUUCCAUGUGCUCCACUGCCAAAGAAGCCUGGGAAGUCUUAAUGAACACUUACGAAGGGAAUUCUAAGGUCAAGAAACAACGGCUACAACAACUUACCACCAGAUUCGAAGAAUUAAAAAUGGACGAGAACGAGACUAUAAGUAACUUUCACGGAAAAAUCCUCUCCAUUCCCAAUGAAAGUUUUUCUCUUGGUGAAAAGAUUUUAGAAGAAAAGCUGGUGAGAAAAGUUAUGCAUGCUCUCCCUGAAAGGUUUGAUUAUAAAAUUACUGUGAUAGACGAGGCAAGGGACGUUUCUGACAUGAAGCUAGAGGAACUUAUUGGCUCUUUGAGGACAUUUGAGAUGAAUCUGCGAUCCGAAAAAUUUGAGAAAAGAAAGAGCUUAGCCUUUGUUGCAGAUUCGAGCAGUAAAAACAAGGAGUCCCAAAAAUUUGAUACAGAUGAAUUGGUGGAAUCAUUUGCCUUGUUUACCAAGAAUUUUGGUAAAGCCUUCAAUCGUUAUAAAAGAGGAAUGGUGUCUACAAAGGAUUUUAAAAUGCUAAAGACAAUCAAACUCCUCAAACCAAGAUUGCUCGUGGAUCUUCAUCCAGAUCGGGGAUACAGUGCCAUGAAUGUCAUGAACAAGCAAAACAAAUCAUUCAAUGUUUCUCACAAUGAUGAAGAAACUGAUGACAGUGGAAGUUAUUCAGAUGAUGAUGAAUCAAUUGCUCUUAUAAGUUCUACUGAUGUUCUAAGGCAGAAAUAUAUCAAAGAAGAUCCACUGAAAGUUGAAACUGAUACAGAUACUGAGAAAGAUCCUGUUGCGUUCACUGCCAAGGUUGAAGAUGUCACAAAAACUAUUGUUGUGGAUGUUGUAACUUGUGAAGAGACUGAUAGUGACACUGAGGAACUUGAUGAAAGCUACCUGGCGGAAAAUUAUGAGAUGAUUUAUAAGAAAUGUUUGGCGAUGCUGGAAUUAAACAAAUCUCUCUCAACGCAACUUAAUGAUGUUUCCAGAGAACGCGAUGAUUUUAAGGAGAUGUAUCAGAAGCAAAAGACAGAACUUGAUGUUCUUAAGCAGAUCAUGGAAUCAAAGAUGGGAGAAUUGGAGCAUCAACAGAAGCUGGUUAAGAUGAUGAACUCUGGAACAGACAAACUUGACGAGAUACUUGGUCAUGGGUGUGAUGCUGGUAACAAGACUGGUCUGGGAUUUCAAAGUAAAGGUUGGGUUCCUAAAACCGAGUCAUGGUACUUAGACAGUGGGUGCUCUAAGCACAUGACGGAAGAGGAGAAAAAUCUUGAGAACCUUCAGAAGGUGUUAGAUGAAGGAGUUACCUUUGGCGAUGGUGCAAGGGCGAAGGUAAUUGGAACAGGUACUCUUAAUGUUCCAGAUAAGUGCGUGGUGAAAAACGGUGAAAAAGAGUACAUAUCAGGAAAACGCUCAAGUGACAAUUGUUAUAUUGUUACUCCUGAUAUUUCAUGCCUCAAGGCUCAAAUCGACAUUACCAAAGUCUGGCAUCAAAAACUCGGUCACACUAGUUUGCGAAAUAUGAAGAAGCUCAUAAAAACUAGUGCUAUUCAAGGUAUCCCCAAGCUGGUGAUCAACACGAAAGAUGUUUCAAGGAUAACCACAUCUCGCAUUCUUGAGUUGAUUCACAUGGACCUCAUGGGGCCAAUGCAAGUAGAGAGUCUUGGCAGGAAGAAGUAUGUUUUGCUUGAGAAAGAUAAAGAGGUGUCGAUCAAGCGUAUCCCAAAUGACCACGGAAGAGAGUUCAAAAAUGCUGAUUUUGACAACUUCUGUGAGAUGAAGGGGAUUACACAUGAAUAUUCUGCUCCGAAAACUCCACAACAAAAUGGCGUGGUGGAGCGUAAAAAUCGCACACUUCAGGAUAUGGUUCGCACAAUGAUGAAAGCUAAUAACAUAGCCACAAAUUUCUGGGCUGAGGCCAUGAAUACUGCUUAUUAUAUUAUCAACAGGGUCUACCUGCGUCCCAAAACGUCAUCUACACCAUAUGAGAUAUGGAGGGGGAGGAAACCAAGCGUGAAGCAUCUACACAUAUAUGGAUGUACAUGUUACAUUCUCAAUGAUCGAAGUUCAGAGGGGAUUUUCUUGGGUUACUCAGAUGGUCAUGGAUUCCGGGUUUACAACAAGAAUACUGAAACUAUCCAGGAGUCAACUAAUGUCACUUUUGAUGAGGAAAGCAAGAUAUUUUCAUACGAAGAAGAAGUUCAGGCAGUCACUACAGAAGUCUCUUCUGAUGUUAAGACUGAGGUGUCUGCAGAUGUGAAAACUGACAGUAAGUCUGAAAAUGAUUAUGAGGAGAACAGGAAGCAGACAACCAAGUCUGGUAGGGUUGAAAAGAAUCACUCACAAGCUGAUAUAAUUGGAGGAUUGAAUGAUGAACGGAAAACUCGUGGAGUCAAAAUUGAUUUUCAAAAGAUGAUUGCUCAUAUAGCUUAUAUGUGCUAUCUCUCUAAAGUGGAACAAAAAAGUAUAAAGGAAGCUCUACAAGAUGAGUUCUGGAUAGCUGCCAUGCAAGAAGAAUUGCUUCAAUUCGAGAGAAACAAGGCCCGUCUGGUAGCUCAAAGGUACUCUCAGGUGGAAGGAGUGGACUUUGAGGAAACCUUUGCUCCUGUUACUCGCUUGGAGUCAGUCAGACUUCUGCUUGCAUUAGCAUGUGCAAUGACAUUCAAGUUAUACCAAAUGGAUGUUAAAAGUGUCUUCCUCAAUGGAGAUCUUGAAGAGGAAGUGUUACGGUUGGAGGCCAAUCCCAUGAAGUCGAAAGGAAUUUUCUGGGCAUGCUCAUUAAGGCAUGACAUAACAAUCUUUACAUAUUCGGGGAUGGAAGUUAAAGGAGUAGUCCAUGACUGCAUUGGUUCCAUGUGCUAA